AAGCAAGAGCAGCUGAUGUAGAUGGUAAAGCCAGAGUACCUGGGUAGAGGUAAAGCAAGAGUACCUGGUGUAGAUGGUAAAGCAAGAGUACCUGGUGUAGAUGGUAAAGCAAGAGUACCUGGUGUAGAUGGUAAAGCAAGAGCACCUGGAGUAGAUGGUAAAGCAAGAGUACCUGGUGUAGAUGGUAAAGAAGGAGUACCUGGUGUAGAUGGUAAAGCAAGAGUACCUGGUGUAGAUGGUAAAGCAAGAGUACCUGGUGUAGAUGGUAAAGCAAGAGUUCCUGGUGUAGAUGGUAAAGCAAGAGUAGCUGGUGUAGAUGGUAAAGCAAGGGUACCUGGUGUAGACAGUAAAGCAAGAGCAGCUGAUGUAGAUGGUAAAGCAAGAGUACUUGGUGUAGAUGGUAAAGCAAGAGUUCCUGGUGUAGAUAGUAAAGCAAGAAUACCUGAUGUAGAUGGUAAAGCAAGAGUACUUGGUGUAGAUAGAAAAGCAAGAGUAACUGUUGUAGAUGGUAAAGCAAAAGUACUUGGUGUAGAUAGUAAAGCAUGAAUACCUGGUGUGGAUAGUAAAGCAAGAGUACCCGGUGUAGAUAGUAAAGCAAGAGUACCUGGUGUAGAUAGUAAAGCAAAAGUAC